AUGGUGUACUUAAAGGACCGCGGUUAUCGAGUCAAUGUCUUGUGCGAAGCAAACAUCUGUCACCCAAGGGCUGAAGUUAGUGGAAGUGUUCAAGAAAGAGUCUGUACGGAUGAAGAUAUCGAAGUUCUCGGCAGCAAUGGAGGAUUGAGGUGUGAAGAUAUACCUAUUGAAGUGAAUGUCCCUCCCACUCCAGCAGAAAGCUGCCAAGGAAAUCAGGAAGGCCUUGCCGAUAUUUCUGGCUUCCAUGAUCCUAGGAUCUUCUAUUCUGGAAGAGGAGAGCCAGUGUUGAUGGUAUCUUCCCAUGGUUUCACAACAACUAAUUUGACGGACCCAAACGAGAUCUCCUGUCUCGUCGAUGCAACACCAGAGGAGAUUAGACUCAACAGAUACAUGGCGAAUGCUACUUGGCACCAGGCCACACCUGCAUUGAAAUUAAUUCUUUGUACUCGAACUAAUUCUACCUGUAUUUCAGAAACUCCAGAUACAGUUUUCAUUGCAGCCAUUCAUCGCAAGCACAAAAACGUUUUGGACCUCCCGAUACGAUAUGAAAGAUACUUCGUUAUGUGGGCAGCAAAACCACCUUUUAGUAUGCUAGCCAUGAGCCGACACCCUAUUCUCUUUUCAAAUGAAACAACCACUGGCUGGACUGCCGACGAAAGUUGGAAUGAUGUUCCAGAAGCCUUGUCGGAAGGUCGUGGGUUUUGGGCCAAGCUCACUUAUACCACUACUAUUGCAUAUGCUUGGAGUAAAGACGACGGAGAUAUAAGAGAUAAAGGUGUUGGAUUUCUGAACGAUGAGAUCAUUCUUAGUGUGGGUGUUGAUGAUCAUGAUCAAGUUUAUGGAAGAGUUCUUGUGUCUGAGUUGUUGCAGUGUUUGAGAAUUUGUCCUGGAUUGCUAUAA